CCUUACUUCAAUUGAUGUCUGGUUUGGUAUAUAUAUAAUCAAUUGUUGAUACUACCGUAACUUUAAUUCUCAGCUAAAAUCAUAUCCAACUAAGCUGCUAAGCACCAUUAAUCGUUAUGACAAUUGACAAUCCUAACUAACUUUUGAUUGAAGUUGGAACACGAAAUGACAUAAAACUAAAAUCUUAAUCGAAUUAGACACCAGUAUGAAGUAAUUAAUACAAGACUAGACUAACUAAACUCAUGCAUGUAUUUUGCAUUAAUAACUGUAUACCUAAGAUGUGGCCGGGAACAUUAACUUCGACGGACCAAACUCCUUCUACCAUCUUGAUAUGAUAGAUAUGAUAUGACAAGAUCUCCUCUUUAUCCUGUGCAUAUCUCUCCUCGAUUCUCCUCCUCCGGUAGUUUCACAAGCCACGUGGCUGCAGCUCAUGUGACGUAUAGUAAAUCUUCUCUCCCCAUUUAUUUGUUUUAUAUGCCUACACAGCUGCAUCGGAGACCGCAAGCCGUAGGUUUUUACCGGUGUAGGGUGGAGGCACCGACACACCGGACUGGCGGUGGUGAGAAAGCCGGUAAAUAGUAAAAAAACUGGCGUGGCCGUGACAGAACCGGCGUCCGAAACGGUUAACGCGGAGGCGUGCCCCUUUGACUCCUACUAUAUGUCCAGAUCUAGUGACUUUUUUUGAAGUUGCUAAAGGUCGCCCUUAAAAUUGUUAAAUGUCGCCCUAAAAAAUAUUAAAGUUACAAAUUUAAUCUUUUAGCUUCUUUACUAUUCCUUUAGCAAACAAACACCACUUAGUAAAGAAAAUAAAACAUUAUUUAAAAGAGAGAAUCCAUCAUCGUCAUUCUGGAGUUGGAAUCGGCGAUAUGAUGUCUGGAUCAUGACUAGCGACUCUAAAUCGGUAAAGUUCACUCAAAAAAUUGAAAAAAAAAAACAAAAAAAGAGAACCGCAGCUCAUUUGCGGUUGCAUCAUGGGCCAACCGCAGCUCACUUGCGGUUGCACCAUGGACCAACCGUAACUUGCCUUAGGUUGAGCGUUUUUUUGAAAAUUUCGUUAGAGAAUGGGCGACGCCGACGAACUAGUGCGUCGAGAGGGAUUCGCGAAGAAGGCAGAUGAGGGGUUCAGUUUGAGGGGUUAGGGAUUGUUUGGUUUGUAAAAUUUUGAAAUUUUAUUAGGGGUAUAUAAGUCAUUUAUCAUUAGAGUUAGGGCGACUAUUAGCAAUUUUAAGGGCGACAUUUAGCGAUUCAGUUUUUUUUUUCAGAUACCUUUAAAUAAUAAAUAAAAACCCCAAUAAAAUAAACAAAAAUAUAAGGUCAGUGCGAAUUAAUUUAAUUUUGAAUUUAUUAGGGUUACAUAUCUUUUCCCGGCGGAUAGACCGUUGAUUGCGGUUGGAAUAAAGCGGCUCUGAAGUGAACUAACCGGGAGCCUGGGACCCCGUGUAUUUGUUUGACCGCACCUUCUUUUGUCAUUUUCUAGCUAACUUUUUGCUGGUAACUAUUUUUCAUCUUUCAAAUUUUACCCGGGAUGAAAAUUUUAUCUACAAAAUCGUCCCUACAUCCAAGUUGAUUGCCGCCGGCCGGGUGGAUGAUUUUUGACCGGCGGGGGGAGUGUCGGUGUGGUUUUUAUGAUGUGAAUGACAGGUAAGUUAAGGGAUUAAUGAUGGGCGUGUGCAUUUUGUCGACUUGUCGGAUUUGGGCCAUGAGAAGAGAAGGGAUGGGUUUACAUUACAGCCCAAACUUGCACGACAUUGUUCCCACGAAGCUGCCUGCGCUGCGCACGAACCCUCGAGUUCUUUCCCCAACUCACCCAACCUUCAAAUCAUUCAUUCAUUGUACAGCUCUCUUAUUAUUCACCUGAUGUUACAGUUGGACGUAGCGGUCGAUUGGAAGGCUAGGGUGCUUUAAAUGUGUGCACAGACAAAAAAAAAAAAAAAAUCGUUGUCACAAAAUGUCAUAGUAGAUCGGAUGAAAUAACGUUUGUGUUAGAAUGUGAUUUAAUUUUACAAAAGACGAUUAAUAAGGUUGGAUAGACAUAACGGAACAAUCGCAUUCUAGAGAUACGGAAAUGACGAAAGGGUGAAGGCAGGGGCGGACCCACGGCUGUUUAGGGGUGUCCCCGGACACCCCUAAAUUUUGGGAAAACGAUUAUCCAACCCCCGGUAGUAAUUUACGUAUUGACAAAAAAAAUUAUAAUUGAUAGUCGGGGACACCCCUAAAUUUAAAAAAGUGAUUAUCCUACUCUCAUCUUUUAGUUUGAGUAUGAGAAUAUAAGUCAUAGUUUGGGUAAUUCAAACCUAGGACACUUUUAUUAUUAAUAAACAAAAUUUUCAUUAGGCUACAACUCAUAUGUUAUUUGAUUUUAAACACUGUGUAAUAGUAUAAUGUCAUUCUCUAUCUCUAAUUAUUUUCAAAAUCUAACAAUUAAACAAAUUUCAAGCUACCCUUAAUUUGUAUUGAUUUAUGGUUGUACAACAAGUAUUGAAAGAGUCUUUUCAACUUUGGAUUACAUCACAAACAAGUUUAGAAAUUGAAUAUGUGAUCAGUUCGUGAAUGAUUGUCUAAUAUGAUAUACAGAGACAAUUUUUUUUUGAAUAGUGUAGACCCCAAGUGUGUUCUACUAUCAUUUUUUAAUAUGAAAACACAUUGUGAAUUUUUUCAAACUGUAUGAGUAAAGUAUUUCUUAUUUAAAUAUUAUUUAUUAUUUAUUAAUUAUUUUAGAAUUAUUUGUAUUUAAUUUAUUUUUUAAAAGAGGACACCCAUAUAUAAUUUCUGGGUCCGCCACUGGGUGAAGGAACGAUGUCAAACGUUGCAGAGUAAAAAAAAAAAUCAUGUACUCCGCCUCAUUGCACAAUGUGAUGUUUCUCGAUACCUAAUGACGGCGUGACUCAACUCUCCGCUAUUAAUUUUAUUGAUGAAGUGUUGCGAGUGGUUCAUAGCUCAACCGAUCCCUUUAAAGCAAAUAAUUAACUGCAAUGAUUUCAAACAAGCAAGAUUUUUUCCCCCAAGCUAUAAUUAAUCUCUUGUUUCUCCCAUUUGAUUUGAUUUGAUUAAUUAGUGAAAUACAAAUUUGAAACCUCCCUACCAAACGUGGAAAACAUAAAGAACACAUAUAUCUUACCUCUGUCAAACAGUUGAUGUUGGAUAUUAAUUAGCUCACCGUUGUUGCAUUAAUGUGGUUUUGAAUUUGAAUUAUGAUAGAAAAUAGCUAGUGAUCAUGAGGAGAUUUGAAUUAUUAUAUACUAAUGAUUCAAAUUUUGAAUUAGGGUAUGGGACUUCGAUUCAGUUCAAGGAAAUUAAUGCGAGGCUCAGAGAUGUUUGGGGUCGAAGCAAGGAAGACGACUAGACCAGUACAGUUGGAACAAUUGAAUGAUAAGCUUCCUACGCUAGAAGAGAAGGAGACUAUUAGGUAGAGAUGACAAGUUAGAUUCCACCCGUUUUAUUUAUCCUAUUUGAUAUUUUUGGGACUAGGCGUAUAUGAGUAUUAUUUUCCAUCUCAAACUGACCUGUCUUUACUCCUUACUUUUUAUUCUAAACAUGUUUGAUAUUAAACACAUUACAAUCUUAAUUUCAAAAAUAAUGUUACUAUAUUUAUGAUGUUGUACUUUGUUUCUUCAUUUUUAUUGUUAAAAUAAAAUUUUAAAUAUAUUAUCUUUAAAUUACAUAUUUAUAUUUGUAGACGUGCCCUGACAUGCGUCGAACAAUACAAUGUUCAAUAUGUCAUGAAACGAAUAUGGAUAUCGAAAUACUCGCCUAGAACUGUCCAUCUGUACAAGUAGGAGUAGGGAUGGCAAUGGGUCGGGUUGGGGCGGGUUUUGUCAAACCCAAACCCAUGGGUUUAUCCGCCGAAAAAAUCCGGGGUAAAACCCGUUGGGUUUGAAAAACUCAAACCCAACCUAACCCACUGGGUAUCCGCGGGUUCAUGGGUACCCGUGGGUUUUUGUGGUAAAAAAUUUACAAUAACAAGUUUCUUUCAAAAUAAAAGUUUAACAUCAAUUUUCUCAUACAAAUUAAUCAUAUAAAAAAACACCAAUCUAGAGCAUAUAAGCAAACCGCAAAUGAUCAAUACAAAUUGUUCAAAAUUAAAGAUAAACAUCUAUAAACAAAAGAUUAAUUGAAAGCUUCUUGCUCAUCAACUAAGUUUCUUCACUCUCCACUUCAUAAUAUCAACUUCAUUCUAAACAAUUAGAAAGAACAAAUUAUACAUGUCUCCACAAACAUAAAGAAUAUUAAUUAUUUGAGGAAAAUAUAUUAUUUAGAAUAUUAAAUAUACCGGGAAAGUAAUUAUAUGUGUGUGGGCGGGUACCCAUGGGUCGGGUUUACCUAAACCUAAACCCAACCCGACACGGUGAAUAGUGCAGCGGGUUUAAUCCCGAACCCGGCCCAAAACCCGUCAACACGGAUUUUACCCGCGUUGACCAGGUUGAGUUGGGUGGGUACCCGUGGGUUCGGGUUUUGUUGCCAUCCCUAAGUAGGAGAGAGUGAGAUUUCCUUUUGUACCCUAAGAAAUUGCUGCGAAGAUGUUACUGCGCUGCAAUUUAAUGCAUCUUGGUUUGAUAUAUGCCGUAACUGUGAAGAUUAAAUGUGGGUGGGUUCAGAAUCCAGCCCAACAGAACACAGAUAGGCUAUAGUGACAGUUUUGGAGGUGAUGCAUGCAAAAUAAAGCAAUCAGGCAUUCCUGGUCGGUCAAUCGAAUCAGAUGAAUAAUUAUGGUGUACAUGGGCAUAUAGGAUCCAUGGAUCACAGGUGGCUCGAAAGGUUGCCUAUUCGGAUGAAUGUAUGAUGAUCAUGUUUAUGGCAAUGUUACCAUAGACAACAUCAGUUGAAGGGAUGCAGGGUGCCGGAAAAGAGUUCACCUAGGAUAAGGUCACCUAGCGAAGGCGAGAGUAUUCUUGGAUUAAUCCAUAACAAAACAGUCAUAAGAGAACUCGCCUCGAAUUUGAAUAACUUUUGUACACGAAUUAAUGAAAUAGUUACGGUCAUUAGAUGCCCCAACAAUUAGUAACGAACAGAGUUUCCACCACUUACUUGGAUUGAAGGGUAUUGACUUGCUAAUAAAGCUCCAUAAACCUAUUCAAAGCAAAAUAGCAAAAUUAACACUGGCCCUCAUUAUAUACCUUUGUUAGCGCGGCAGGAGUGGAUCAUUAUUGUAGUAAUCACAUUGGAACAAAUUACAACGAAGGCCGAGGACAAUGUGGGGAUUAUAUUGAAUGAAAAUUGAUGCCAAAAAGACACAAAUGGAUGGGGGACAGUUUCAGUUUCCUGGAACCCUUUUUUGACUCUUCUCCUCCUGCUGCUACUGCGACUACUUUUGCCCUUUCUUCUUCCGGUAAUUAUGCCACAACUUUUCAAUUUGCCUUCCAACUAUUUUGCUGCCCCUCACUUGUCCUUUCUUUUCCUUUACUUGCCAAUUUUUUUUUUUAUUUCUUCCUACACAAAUCAAUAUGACAAUAUCCAUCCUUUUCUUUUGUAAUCAAAAAUUUUAUUACCUUGUUUGUGUUUAGUCAAAUUAAUCAAAACCCACCUUUAAAGAUGUUCCAAAUAAUACUAUUUUUAAUCAUAACAUACUUUAGUUUACAAAAUGAUCCAUUAAUUUUAAUCCUCCUUUUUUGGCCUUCGAGAAAGGUUGAGACUUGAGCACUAGCAUUAGGCACUAAGGCUUGGUUUCCUGAAACAAACAAAAAAAUUCUUUUUGGUUUACUACCCUUUAGUGAUAAAUGGUAAAAUAGUAGAUUCUUUGGUUUAAUUUGGCAAAAGGGUGAGAAAAUAAUUCCACACCGACCUUCCAGUGAAGCUCCAAAGGGACACCCACAUGACUCUGUUCUUUCCCUCGACCGUUUCUUUCCAUUCCUCCAAAUGGAGAAAAAAUAAAUAGAAUUUAACACAUUACAAUAAUUUUAUUAAAUAUAAAUAUAUAUUUCAAUUCAUUAAUGGAGGCCUGCCAAUUUCUGCCUCUUGGAGUUGGAGUACCUUCCUUUUUCCCCCUCCUCGAUAUAUAGUGGCUUGAGCUCCUCCACACACUCACAAUCCCCUCUUCUUCCUUUCUUCCUCCCUCCAGCCAUUUCCUUUCCCCUCCCAACCUUGGUUGUGUGCUUAUCAGAAGUUUUUUGCUGAUAAUCCAUAACCCACAUUGCCUAAUUAAUCCACUCGUAAGUGUGGAUUAGUAGGCGCUUAAGCUGCUACCCUGUACAUUAUACAUUCCUCUCUGCUGCGCCAAGCGGAUCUCUACCUGUCUCUGUUCUUCCCCUGUUUGAGCAGAGAUAAGAGUAGCCGCCUGUUACUGCAUUUACUGAAAAAAGUGACAAAAAAAUAGAACAACCCAGUUCUGCUGUGUAAUUAUACAGAGUUAUGGAGAAGUCUGCGAGGCGCGUUUCAGCUGCUGCUCCCCUGCUUCUUCUGUUCUUACUCUGCUCUUUCCCCUCUGCUUUCGCCGGCCAUGACUACGGUCAGGCUCUCAGCAAGAGCAUUCUCUUCUUCGAAGCUCAGCGCUCUGGGUUUCUCCCCCAUAACCAGAGGGUCACUUGGAGAUCUAAUUCUGGCCUCAAUGACGGCAAAGCCAGUGGGGUAGAUCUGGUCGGAGGUUACUACGACGCCGGCGACAAUGUGAAGUUCGGCCUCCCGAUGGCGUUCACCGUCACGAUGAUGUCGUGGAGCAUUAUCGAGUACGGCAAGCAAAUGGCUGCCAGCGGCGAGCUUCGCAACGCCAUGGACGCUAUCAAGUGGGGAACCGACUACUUCAUCAAAGCUCACCCGGAACCUAAUGUUCUCUACGGAGAGGUAGGGGACGGAAACACUGAUCACUACUGCUGGCAACGGCCCGAGGACAUGACCACCGACCGCCGCGCUUACCGGAUCGACCCCAGCAAUCCCGGGUCGGAUCUCGCCGGCGAGACAGCCGCCGCCAUGGCCGCCGCCUCCAUCGUCUUCCGCCACUCCAACCCGGCCUACUCCCGCGAGCUUCUCAAUCACGCUUAUCAGCUCUUCGAUUUCGCCGACAAGCACAGAGGCAAAUACGACAGCAGCAUCACCGUCGCCCAGAAAUAUUACCGCUCCGUCAGCGGCUACAAUGAUGAAUUGCUGUGGGCUGCAGCUUGGCUCUACCAGGCUUCCAACAACCAGUACUAUCUGAACUACCUUGCAGCCAACGGCGACGCCCUCGGCGGCACCGGCUGGGGCAUGACCGAGUUCGGCUGGGAUGUCAAGUACGCCGGUGUUCAAACCCUGGUCGCCAAGUUCUUGAUGCAAGGGCGAGCCGGCCAGCACGCCGCAGUCUUCCAGAAGUACCAGCAGAAGGCAGAGUACUUCAUGUGCGGCUGCGUCGGCAAGGGAAGCAGGAACAUCCAGAAGACACCGGGGGGUUUGAUCUUCAGGCAGAGAUGGAACAACCUGCAGUUCGUCACCAGCGCGUCUUUCCUCGCCACCGUCUACUCCGAUUACCUGACUUCGGCUCGCAAGUCGCUGCAGUGCUCUGCUGGAAGUGUAUCUCCUUCGGAACUGUUCAGUUUCGCCAAGUCUCAAGUGGACUACAUUCUUGGUGACAACCCUAGAGCCACGAGCUACAUGGUUGGGUACGGUAACAACUACCCUCAGCAAGUUCACCACAGGGCGUCGUCGAUCGUGUCGUUCAAGAAGGACCCUAGGCCGAUCAGCUGCCGUGGUGGGUACGCCACUUGGUUCAGCAAGAAAUCGAGCGACCCGAAUUUGCUUACCGGUGCCAUUGUUGGCGGUCCUGAUGCUUACGACAAUUUCGCUGAUCAGAGGGAUAACUAUGAGCAGACUGAGCCUGCUACUUACAACAAUGCUCCUCUUUUGGGGAUUCUUGCUCGUCUUGGUGCAGGCCAUGGUGGUUACAACCAGCUCCUCCCAGAGGUUGUUGUUCCUACUCCAAGAGCGCCUACUAGAGCUCCAGCUGCCAAACCUGUUUCCCCUGCUCCAGUUUCAACCUCUGCACCUAUAUCCCUAGUCCAGAAGGUGACUGCUUCAUGGAAAUCUGAAGGGAAAACAUACUACAGAUACUCCACCAUUCUGACCAACAAGUCGCCCAAGGCAUUGAACAGUCUGAAGCUAUACAUUAACAAGCUCUACGGUCCAAUCUGGGGUUUGACGAAAUCCGGAAACUCUUAUGGCUUCCCAUCAUGGAUCAAGUCGCUGCCAGCUGGGAAAAGCCUCGAGUUUGUCUACGUUCAUUCUGCUUCUGCAGCAGAUGUCUCUGUUUCUGGCUAUACAUUGGCUUGAGGAAGAAGGUAACGCAAAGAAAAGCGUUGGAAAAGCAAAACCAAAGACGAAUUACGGCAUUGUGAAUGUAAGAAACUGUGCAGCUAUAUAUAUACUUCGUGGAGGAACGACAAAAGGAUUUGCAGGAAGGAUGGUCCAAAUUUUUCUUUGGCUACCUUCCACCCUCCUUUCUCUUUACGCUUUGACUAUUAUGGGAUUUUCUCUGCAACUAUAUUAUGUAGUGACAGUAGACGAGAAGUGGGGGAAAAAGGUUUCUCCAUAAGGUUGAAGAUUGGAGGAUGAAAGGAGUGAAGAGACGAUGGGUUUGAGGGAAGAAAGGAGAAGUGCUCAUCCUCUUUCACCUCCUGCUUCACCACAAAAGUACUCUUGUCGUUGUUGUUAUAUAGGUCUAUAUCUAUAUAUACUGGUUUUGAGAGAAAGGGAGGAUGAUUUGUUUGGUAGUGAGUGAGGAGUAUGGGGGAAGAAAAGGCUUCUCUCAACUUCUGAAAUUGCUGUUUGGAUGUCUUUUGUUACUUUUCAACUUUUUUUUUUUGUCUUUGUUUCCCUUGUUGUAAGCUCUACAACACACUUUGAGGAUUGUGAAAAUGUAGUUUGUGGUAAUCAACAUUAUUGUCUCAAGUUGUUCCUUGCCUUGUCUAACACUCUAAUCCAAGCAGCCUGACAAGGUUGGCUAACUCGGUAGAUUUAUUAACUGAAUCUAACCAACAUAAUCGUUUUAAGCUAACUUCAAAUUUUUAGUGAUUCGUCCAGUCAGUCGCUAAAGUCCAAACAUGGCCUUUUCAGAAUGAGUAAGAUGUAUGUAAAUUGUAUGUUACAUUUUCUCCCCCAAUGAAGUGGUAGUCUAUCUUUACAUUUUUGUCAAAGACGUGGUUAAGUCUAGGGGACUAUGAUCAUCUCAACUUUUAAAUGUAACUAAACAUAGAUGUAAAAAUUGUAACAAAUUUCAAAAUUAAACUAGCUGGUAAGGACUCUAAACCCUUCUCUAAGAACAUUAUUCAAAUCCCUCAGACAUAUUUUUUUUAGUACUGGUCAUUCAGAUAAUCAGAUUUAUUUUUAUAGUUAAUUAAGCAAACCAUUCAUGAACUUCCUCAGAACGGACAGAAGGCGUGGGGAUAUUGUUGGCUGUUUUCUUGCCUCUUGGACUUCUAAGAGAUGUGAGUUCACUCCGAACAUGCCGUGGGCUUAAACUACCCGCAAGGCCCAUCGAAAUCUCAACCUAGUUUUAUAGCCGUGAAUACCCAGCCCGUUUUGAAAUCAAACCCAGAGUGACAAAUUCAGCUAGCUAGGCCCACUCAAUGAGUAUGCAGCUGUUUGACUCAAAUGUUUCGGGAGAAAAAUUGUACCGACCAUCGUGGAUAUCUGAUCCUCUUUGACGCAUUCAAACGAGGGAAUUCCUGCAUUGAGAAGCAAGGUUGUCAAACCGGUUUAAAUUAUUGAGACAGUCAAAUAAGAGAUUUGGGAUUUAAUGGUUAGAUCGGGGUCCGGCCGAUUUGAACUGUUUUAGACGCUUUCUAAAUAUAUAUACAAAUAAGUUAGUAAUUACAAAUUUAAUGACUGAAAUGAAAUUUAUCUUACAUGUAUCUAUUCAAAACUUAUUUUCCAAAAAAAAAUCAUCUAACUAACCACUAAUAUUAACCAUUAUAUUCAAAACUUAUUUUCCAAAAAAAAUCAUCUAACUAACCACUAAUAUUAACCAUUAUCUUCAAGUACAUCAGUACAUGGUAUGGCGAGCAUGUACAAACUUCAAGCCCAUGAAUAAGUUUUACGGAUUGAUUUAGUAAAAUGCGUCUCAUCAAACUCGUCAUAUUCUUAUCCGCAUACAUCACCCUCAACUGAAGUAGACUGUAUAUGUCGAGCUGGAGCGGAGAAGAGAGGAAAGGAACAAAGCAGUUACAGCAGAAAAAAAAAGGGCAAUCCUGCAAUUGCAAGCUCCAUGCGGUCGGCGCAUGCAGCAGUUCUUCAAUGAAUAUGCCAUGAUCAA